UUGACUAUGUGAUGACAGGAAAAUCAAAACAUCGCUCAAGGGAAUUCACACCUGUAAGAAAUGAAAUGGCUGAUUGAUUGGGCGCGUCUUUCCAAAGGACUUUGUGGUGGCUGCAAGCUGGCGGUGAACGUUAACUUCACGGAGGCAACAUGAUACACCAUCACUGGGAGAACUGUCCCCAGCAUCAAGACUUCACCAUGCGCACCAUCCAGACUAUAGAAAACCACAUCCCUGUGCUGAGGGAGAGCAUUGUCAGGACUCCUUUCACAGGGAGAACUGUGUGCCUGUUCAAUACGAGUACAAACAGACACAAUCACCAUCAGACUCCCCGUCACAGCCACAAUCCCCGUCACAGCCCCUAUAAUGGCCACAAUCCCCGUCAGACUCCCUGUCACAGCCCCUAUAAUGGCCACACUCCCGGCCGCACUCCCCUUCACAGCCCCUGCCGCAGCCAGAGUCCCUGCCGCAGCCAGACUCCCUGCCGCAGCCCCUAUACCAGACACACUCUCCGCUAUAGUCCUUAUAACACCCGUUCUCCCCGCCAGACUCUCUGUCACAGCGACCACCUCUCCCGAGAGCCCAGCCAGUACCCAACUCCCCAGCCGUGGUUUUCUCUACCCCUGGCGAGGAGGCAGCCGGCGGAGACCUCUUCUACUGUUGUUUCUGAAGGCUGUUUCUCUUCCUCCUGCCCUGCUAGGCUCAGCACAUUAUGCAGAGCAGCAGAUGGAGAGGAGGAGAGUGAGACGGGAGAGCGAGAGCAGGUGCACGCGCAUGGAAUGAGGCUGCAGGGAGGAGGGGGAGAAGGGAAGCAGCGAGAAAUCGAGCAGGGAGGGGAGGGAGAAGAGAAGGGAGAUAUCGCACUGGCGCAGGGAGGAGGAGAGCGAGAGCAGGCGUACGUAGUCUUCGCAUCAUCAUCAUCAGCGCUCCUCUCAUCAUCGUCACGGGAAAGCAGCAUCACCGUCUCGCAGCAGCUACGCAGACGUAGACGGAGGAGCAGCAGAGAAAAUGGCAGCUGUUUUCGAAGACAUGGCCUGAGUCUCGGCGCCAGACUGAAGUGGAGGCUGAGAUUCAGCAUCAUGGGGAACCAGGAGGGGAAGCAGAAGAAAGGGAAAGAGGGGGACGGAUACGGACAGGACGCAGCAGCACACACCACCGGGGAGCCCCGUCACGCUGACGGCACAAACAAAGGAUUUCACCACGGCAAGAAAUCCACCGGAAAACAUGGCAGAGGAGGAGGAGGAGGAGGAGGAGAGAAGAAGAAGGAGUCUAAAUCCUCUGUGUUCUCUAUCAGGAAGAGGAAGAAUCUAAAGGGGAAGGGAUCGACAGGGGGAUCCAGGGAGGAUGUGUUGUCGUCUCAGAACGAGCUGGACUCCGCUCACUCUGCUCACACCAAAACACCAGAUCUCUCUCUGUCAGCUGACGAGCUGGGCCAAUCUGACACCGAGGGACCAGCAGAGUCUGGUGAUGGGCUUGGUGCAAGGAGUCAUGGUUGUAUCGCGGGGGAGAGCCGGCAGCCCGCGGGGGAGAGCCGGCAGCCCGCGGGGGAGAGCCGGCAGCCCGCGGGGGAGAGCCGGCAGCCCGCGGGGGAGAGCCGGCAGCCCGCGGGGGCGACCGCGGACACUGUUCCAGACCAGCAGGGGGAGGUUGAACAGAGAAAGAGGAGCAGCUCUGGUUCAGACCCGGACAUCUAUAGCUUUCACUCAGCUGCAGAACAAGAGGACCUGCUAGCUGACAUCCAGCAGGCUAUUAGACUACAGCAGGGGGUGAUUAUCUCCACCGCUGAGCUGAGUGAAGAGCUGGGUUGGGGAGGAGGGUGGAGGAAACAGAGGUCUGACGAGGUUAUAACUACCCCCAGUCCCACUGAACAAACCCCUCCACCGGAGCCUCUCUCUGCCCCAGAGGCAGCACCCGUCACUGGCCGGGAGAAUGGCCUGCUUUCUAAACUGUCUCUGGAUGGGGAGGAGGAGGAGAGGGGAGCUACCACCGCUACAGAGGAACUCAACUGGGAGCUGAGAGGGGCUGAAACAGAACCAGCCCUUUGUGCCUCUUUCUCUGGGACAAAGGAGCAGGAGGAGGAGCAGGCGGAGGAGGCAUUGAGCUGCCAGGAGGUUAACGGUAACACUCAGCCCCUCUCUCAGCCCCCCACUGCCCAGACGAACGGGCAUGUUACCAAGACAACCAGCGCUACCAGUUUCCCAGACCUCACAGCCUCCUUUGAGAGCGCUAUAGAGUCUCCUCUCAGAGAGGAGGAGAAGGAGGUGUUGGAGGAGGUGGAGGAAGGGGAGGAGGAGGAGGAGAAUGACCUGGACAUGCCUCCCCUGUCAGCCGAGAGCCUUAGUCACAGUGAUGCGACCACGAGCCACGAGGACAUAGACCUGAGCUCUGGCAAUGCCUCCGAGGAAGAGGGGAGGGUGGGGGACUGGGUGGGGGCAGGGGUGGGGGCUGCAGUCAGCGUUGAGUCCCUGGAGUGUCUUAGCAGGGGGGAUCUGAGGUGCUCUGAGCCUGCCGACGACCCUCUGAUCACCCAGAGAAGGAAGAGCAGCGUGUCCUUCUCCCCUUGGCCCUCUCAGGAGAGCCCUAGCCUGGCCAUGCGUCUCCUCAAGUCCACCCUGACCUCCACCCUUCCAUCCUACAACCACUCUUCCUCAGGCACCAGCCCCACAGUCAAACCCUACCCUCCCAUUUACCCGUCUUACAUCAAGACCACCACCAGGCAACUCUCUGGCUCCCCAGGCACCUCGCCCUCACGGAGCCCCUUGUUCCGCCAGCGCUGCCACGACCUGGGACACCGCACUGAGAAGUGGAGGGUUAGACGACAGCGCUCCCACAGCAUCGCCGGUCCCCUCAGCUGGUCCGCGGACUGGACCGAGGAGCUGGACAGGGAGCGCCCCAUCAAGGCAGGAUCAGCAGACUACCUGGAGGGGUACGGAGGGUCGGAGGACAGGCUGAGGGGGGGCAGUCAGCCCCUGUUUGCCACACGGAGAUCCUCCGCCGGACACGUGUCUACCUGUAGCUUCCACGACAUCUUCACCGGUCGUACUCUCCUAGAGAAGUUGUUCCUACAACAGGAAGAUGCCCAGCCAGAGGAAGCUGAGAAGCUGUGUUCUCGGAUUCUGGCCAUGGGUCUGUUACUGCCCUUCACUGACUGCUUCAGAGACACAAUAGGAGGGUCCAACCCACAACUCGCUGCGCCAUGCAAGUUCCACAUUAAAGCAGACAAGGACAUGGCGUAUAUGUCAGAGUCAGGCGUAGAGACCGAUGGGGGCUCCUCCUCCUCCUCCUCCCUGGCUCUAGCUAAUGAUGAUGUGGGGGCCUCUGAGUGUGUGGUGCUGUCUCGGGUUCCUGAGCUAGUCCGAGAGCUACUCACCAUCAACGGCCAGGGAAGAGGGGAGGAGAGGGAGAGGAGGCUGGACCUAGCAUGGCUCAAACUCAAACAGACCGUCCGCAGGAAAUGCAACCUAUUUGAGCACCUGCAGCAAGACCAGCUGUACACGUGGGCAGCGGUCAGCCAGCCCCCCCACUCCAGGGAACACUUUGAGGGCCGGGCCCCCCUCCCUGGGCACCUGAAGACCCUGUGGCCCCCACCCAGACCUGUGGGAGAAGAUAGACCAGGCCUCAUGUACACCGAGGAGGAGGGCGAUGAAGAACACCAGGCAGCCAUCUUGGGGCUGAAGAGACAUCAGAGGGAAGAAGUCGGCCAACUUCAGGAGGAGUCAGUGCUGAAAACAGUGAAGCUGAAAGAGGAGCACGUCAAUGUGAUCCAGCAGUUAGAACAGACCAUUGAGGACCUGCGGACUAAGAUAGCUGAGCUGGAGGAACAGCACCCCCUGCUGGACAUAGAUAUUAUUAGCAUUAAGGAGCCGGAGGCUGGUGUGGAGGGGGAUCUGUACCGGGAGGUCUGUCAUGUAGACCUACAGACUGAGGAGAGGAUGGUGAAGGAGGUCUGUCAUGUAGACCUACAGACUGAAGAGAGGAUAGUGAAGGAGGUCUGUCAUGUAGAUCUACAGACUGAAGAGAGGAUGGUGAAGGAGGUCUGUCAUGUAGACCUACAGACUGAGGAGAGGAUGGUGAAGGAGGUCUGCCAUGUAGACCAACAGACUGACUGUCUCCUGAGUUGUCUGGAGGCCAAGUCUGUCCAGACGUCACCUAUGGAGGAAAGCUAUAAGUUUAAAGUGCCUUUACCGGACCAGAUGCCACCCUUGUUUGUGAACAAGGCUGGAGGAGAGUCCUCUUCGUCUUCCUCCUGUCCCCUGAAACUCCCCCCAGAACUGGCCCUGUCCCUACCCAUACCCUUCUCCCCCAAGGUCGCACCAGCAUUUGUCUGUACGUGCCAACAGCAGCCGAGUGGCAUUAAACCCCCACCCCCACCUCCUUUACCUGGUCACUCCAUGGCUCCUCCUCCACCACCACCUCUACCAGGGGGUGCAAUGCCUCCACCACCUCCUCCACCUCUACCAGGGGUGCAAUGCCUCCACCACCUCCUCCACCUCCUCUACCAGGGGGUGCAAUGCCUCCACCACCUCCUCCACCUCCUCUACCAGGGGGUGCAAUGCCUCCACCACCUCCUCCACCUCCUCUACCAGGGGGUGCAAUGCCUCCACCACCUCCUCCACCUCCUCUACCAGGGGGAUGGGCCCUCCCCACCCCCUCCACCAUUACCUGGGAUGGGAGGACCUCCUCCUCCUCCUCCUCCUCCUCCUGGCUGUGGCCCUCCUCCACCAUGUGCCCUAGGCUCCCUGGUCCCUCCGUUGCCCAUGGGACUGUAUGCUCUAGGCAUGGCCCAGGAGAAACCCCCCCGGAAAGGAGUGGUGGAGCCCCCCAGACCCAUGAAACCUCUCUACUGGACCAGGAUACAGCUCAACUCAGCUCAACACAAAAAAGAGGUGAGCACGUCGCUGGUCUGGGACAAGAUACAGGAGCCUGAUGUGAACUUUGAGGAGUUCGUAGAGCUGUUCUCCAAGACUGCUGUGAAGGAGAAGAAGAAACCCCUGUCAGAUACCAUCACCAAGUCUAAAGCCAAACAGGUGGUCAAAUUGCUGAACAACAAGCGUUCUCAGGCGGUGGGGAUUCUGAUGUCCAGUCUGCAUCUGGACAUGAAGGACAUCCAGCAUG